AUGGACUGGGCUCAGGGAAAUAGGUAUAAUUUGCAGAGUGUGGUUGAUCAGAGAAGUGCUUUGCGAAAGGAUGCAAGAGUGAGAUCAGGAAGGGGAAAAUUGAUUAUUUGUGCUGUUCUCGGUCCCAGUUUGGCCGCUGCUGUAGAGGUGAGGGAAUGCUGCCGAAACCUCGUUCGGUCCCUUCAGGGGCAAGUGGCAGAUUUAAAGGUACAGCUCGAAGGAGAGAGAGACCAGGUGAAACUUCUGCAGACUGCUCUUAAGGAGCAACUCCCUGGGGGCACUGCCCAUGAGGAAACAUCCCCAAGGUCAGGAACUGGUUACCCUUUUGAUGACUUGCAGGCAGCGAGGCGAAAAGCAGAGAAAUUAGAACUGCCCUCACUGCGACCCUUGGUUAAGACUGAGUAUAUUUAUGAUGACGAUCAGGAUCAGUCCCCCCAAGUCACAACCAAGGAGGUCCCCUAUACCACCACUGAGUUGGUAAAGUUAAAAAAGGAUUUCAGUCGAACCCCUAGGGAGUCAGAGACAGAGUAUGUGUGGAGAGUAUCAUUGUCGGGGGGGAAUCAGAUUUUGCUGAGCGAAAAGGAAGCGGAGGGGUAUUGGGGACCAGGAGUAUUUUUAAUUACUGGGAAUCACAGUGCCCCUUGGUCUUUAACUCAGCUGGCAACCUAGUGGGUGGGGGGUUUGAACCCCUUGGAGAGGGGGGAUCCCCUCGCAAUUACGGGGAUUAUCUAUCAGUUGGUGGAAAGUGUGCAGAAGGCGGCUUGUUUGCAGAUGAUGUAUGAUCAAAAAUUGGAGCCUAGGCAGGAGUCCCUGAUGAUGAUGCCAGUAGACCCUGAACGAAUGACUCCCCUCAUAAGGGGACUCCCCGAUUCCUUAAAGCCAAUCGGUAUACAAUUACAGGGGAAAAUACAAGCAACGUCCCAGGGCGAAAAGGUUGCGACUGCUUUAGAAAGAUUUAUGCCUGACUGGCACCACGCCCCCAAUAGGAAAAUGUGGAUGUGGGGGGAGGUGGCACAAGAAUUGAUUAAUUACGGGUGCAAGUAUGGCCCAGUUAAAAUUCCAGCCACUAAAACUGACUCUAGGGACCUGAGGAGAGCUGAAGUGAAAAUGGUUCUGUGCCCUGGAGGUGAUAGAAGAAGAUCUCUCACUACUCCACCCAGAGGGAGGGACAUCCCAAAUAAGCGCCGUAGCCUGUGGGCAAAGGGAUGGCAAAAGGGAAUUCCACGUGAUUUAAUGGAUGGAUUGCUACAGACAAGUUAG